AUGGAUGACUCGGCCUCUGUCUCAGCGGGGUGUUUCUCCCCCCUUUGUUCAGCGCCUAAAUCAUUCAAUUAUUGUUCAACAACCGAGUCAGCCGCAACAGUUUCUUACUCCGCUUCCUCAACAGGAACAGAUGGUGGGGGUAUAAAUCUAACACUUUCGACCCUCUUUUUGGCUACCAUCUUUUCGGCAUUUUUCCUUCUAGCCAUUUGUGCGAGUGAUUCUCCAGCCAUGUUCUCUGGGUCUGCGUCAGCCAAACCAACUUCUGGUUUCACAAAUAAGACCGACCGUGAAGCUCUAAUCGCCAUUAAAGAUCUAAUUGGUGGAAAUUUACCCAAUUCGAUCGGAAAUCUCUCCAGCACCCUCACAUCGGUAUGGUUGGGUCAGAACUACAUAUCUAGAAACAUACCUCAAGAGAUUACAGAGCUUGUUGGCUUAUCUUACAUCACUAUAGAUACAAAUAUGCUCAUAGGUAGCAUUCCUGAUUCAAUUGGCAAACUCACCAAUUUACAAGAAUUCAACCUUUUCACAAAUAACAUCUCUGGGAAAAUUCCGUACUCUAUUGGCAAUAUCAGUGGAUUAGCUUCUCUUAUUUUAGAAGACAAUAUGCUCGAGCAUAGCAAACCUGUUUCUUUGGGUAAUUGCAGUAACUUGCAAGGACUCCAUCUUGCACAAAAUUGCCUCACAAGUAGCAUACUUGGAAAAGUCGUUGGCCUUUCUUCGCGCUAUCUCGGUUUUGUCGUAUGCCAGAACUAUUUAACAGGGCCAUUGCCAUCACAAGCAGGCAAGUUGGAGAAUUUGGUAUCACUGGAGAUUUCAGAAAACAAAUUGUUUGGUGAAAUCCCAAAUAACUUCAUCGGAAAGGGAAGAUAUGGUUCAGUUUAUAAGGGAAUUCUCACUUUUGGUGAGCAAACUGUUGCUGUGAAAGUCCUUAACUUUCAAGAAAGUGGAGCAGACAAGAGCUUCUUAGCAGAAUGCGAAGCAUUAAGGAACCUCCGUCAUCGGAACCUAGUCAAGGUCAUCACCUCAUGCUUAAGCUUAGAUUUUAAAGGCAAUGAUUUAAAAACUUUAGUCUUUGAGUUCAUGUCAAAUGGAAGUUUAGAGAGCUGGUUAUAUCCAAGUUCAACUGAGCAGAAUGACACAAAAAACUUGAACCUAACCCACAGGCUAAACAUAGCAAUCGAUGUAGCCUCUGCACUAGAAUAUCUUCAUCAUCAUUAUGAUAUACCAAUCGCUCAUUGUGAUUUAAAGCCGAGCAAUGUUCGUCUUGACAACAAUCUUUGUAUCCGUGUAGGUGAUUUUGGCCUGGCAAGAUUUCUUUUAGCCACCACAGGAGACACCAACUAUGCACAAAGCAGUUCAAUUGGGAUUAGAGGAACAGUUGGAUAUGUUGCUCUAGGUAAUUAA